UGGGAAAGCUAGCUUGCUGCCUGUAGAGGGAAAAGUGAGGCAUGCAGUCUGAGUGGGUCCUAAUGCCCCAGUGUGUUAAUGUGGACUCUAUACUGCCAAGUGAUUAUAUAGUUGUAAGAAAUUAUUAAUUAUUAGACUUUUACUCAUCUCAACUCUGGAUUCACCAGUUCAUUUGCUUGUAUUUUUUCAUAAUACCGGAUGACCGCAUGUAUUUCUGAGCUAGCAGUGUGUGUGUAGUAGUGUCUGUGCACAGUCUGGCAUUUGCUCCCUUAGAUAUCAGAGUGUUUUUUCCUUUCUUAUUCCCUUUUUUCUCUCCUCUUUACUCUGUGUUUGGUUCUUCCUCUGUUUCCAUGGGAACGUAUCAAACUAUUGGGACCUCCUGUCUCCACCCAAAGUAGUCCCCCUCCCAAUGUGAUUGUAGGUCAGAGAGGGAGAGACUUGAAGGUGAGUGGAGUUUCAUAGCUCUCUCUCUCUCUCUCGUUCUCUCUCUCUCUCUCUUGUUUCUCUCUCCACUACUUACAGAUACACUUGGAUCUCUAUGGUGACCAGACUUGCAGGCCUGUCUGCUGUUUACUUGGCUUUUCUGUAAUGGUGUAUCAGCUUCAGUGUUUGGAUCUGCUGGCGGUGAUGGAUAAGCUCUGGACUCUGACAGCUGUGCAGAUCACACUGUGACAGCGAACUUCACAUCUGCUCUUUGGAGAGAAGCACACAGACUCUGUGAGCUUACAACACACAUCUCCCCUUGUGUGUGUGUGUGUGUGUGUGAGAGAGAGAGUGUAUGCAUGAGGGAGGCACUAUGCAGUCGGAGCUCCACACACACAGAGCAUGCCUGUGAGUGCGGGCUCGGGCAAACAUGAGCCUUCCCAGCCCAGAGAUCGUCCACAGCAGCAGCCUGAAGUCCCGUCUGAGCCCCCCUCAGCCCUCCCCUCCGUCUCUCCCUCUCUCUCGCUGCCUCUCUCUCUCCCUCUCCUCAUCUACUCUCGCCCUGCGCAGCCUCUUCCCCGCCACCUCUCCAGCAGCACCAGCCGGGGGGAAAGCGCCCGCUCUCCGCACGCCGACGUUUGCCGAGCGCCGGCCGGCCCCAUGGAGGAACCCCAGGGCAACACACUGGUCGUCCGCAUAGGCAUCCCUGACCUGCAGCAAACGAAAUGCAUGAAGUUUAAUGUGGAGUCGCCCAUCUGGUUGUCUAAACAGCGAAUCCUCUGCACACUCAACCAGAGCCUGAAGGAUGUGCUGAACUACGGACUCUUUCUGCCUGCGUACAACGGCAAAGCUGGCAAAUUCCUAGACGAGCAGCGCACACUGAAAGAAUACCCGCUUCCCGCAGUCUCUCCUGUCCCGUACCUGGAGUUCCGCUACAAGAGGCGAGUGUACACACAGGCCCACCUGGAUGAAAAACAGCUGUCCAAACUUCACACUAAGGCUAACUUGAAGAAGUUUAUGGAAUAUGUUCAGCAGAGGAACGUUGAGAAGGUAUCAAAGUUUCUGGAGAAAGGGCUCGACCCAAACUACCACGACCCAGACACCGGAGAAUGUCCUCUGACAAUGGCGUCGCAGCUGGAAGGUUGUGCAGAGCUUAUAAAGGUCCUGAAGAAUGGAGGAGCUCACCUGGAUUUCAGGACCAGAGAUGGCAUUACCGCCCUUCACAAAGCAGUCCGCACCAAGAACCACACGGCACUUAUUACGCUGCUGGAUCUGGGAGCCUCUCCGGAUUACAAGGACAGUCGAGGCCUCACUCCUCUGUAUCACAGCUCUAUGGUGGGGGGCGACCCAUACUGCUGCGAGCUCCUGCUGCACGAUCACGCUCAGGUGGGCUGCAUGGAUGAGAACGGCUGGCAGGAGAUUCACCAGGCUUGCCGUCAUGGACAUGUGCAGCAUCUGGAACACCUGCUGUUUUACGGAGCGGACAUGAGCGCUCAGAAUGCUUCUGGAAACACUGCCCUGCACGUGUGUGCUCUCUACAACCAGGAUAGCUGCGCGAGAGUGUUGCUGUUCAGAGGGGCGAAUAAGGAGAUUAAGAACUACAACAGCCAAACUGCCUUCCAGGUGGCUAUUAUAGCUGGAAACUUUGACCUGGCAGAAAUUAUAAAGACUCACAAAGCAUCAGAUGUUGUGCCUUUCAGGGAAACGCCUUCCUACACAAAUCGCCGGCGCGUGACUGGAGGCGACACUCUGACAUCCUCACGCUCGCUGCCUCGCUCCGCCUCCGACAAUAACCUGAACAAUGUGGCAGACGCUAGCCACGCCCACUCCCCUGUGCCGUCUCUGAGGAGCCUGCCCCCUCUGGCCCACUCCGGGAUCGACCCUGCGGCUGACGGCAGUCUACAGAGCACGGGCAGCUCGUUGUCCUCACACUCCCGCUCACCGUCCCUCCAGCGCGUCACUGAGGAGGCCAGCGUGCUUGCAGGACGCCGACACAUGCCCCUCAUGCACUCACACAGCCGCGGACGCCUCAGCCCGGGGACGGUCCAGCGGGACCCCAGCCCUCCUCCCGUGGGGCCCUCGCACACACUCUCAGGAGCCCGGGGCCCCAAAAGGAAACUCUACAGCGCGGUGCCGGGGCGCACAUUCAUCGUGGUCAAACCAUACUCACCGCAGGGAGAGGGAGAGAUCCAGCUGAACCGCGGAGAGAGGGUCAAAGACUACCACUCAAACGCAGUGGAAGAAUCUCCCUAUGUGGAGCAUGAAAUUAAGGAGGAGGAUGCCCAUGCUUGUGUGGACGAUAAAGUGUUAAGUAUAGGAGAAGGGGGAUUCUGGGAAGGGACGGUAAAAGGAAGAACCGGUUGGUUUCCUGCAGACUGCGUGGAGGAAGUACAGAUGAGACAGUAUGAUCCUCGACUUGAGACGAGAGAGGAUCGAAACAAGAGGCUGUUCAGACAUUACACUGUGGGCUCCUACGACAACUUUACCUCAUAUAGUGAUUACAUCAUCGAGGAGAAGAACGCUAUGCUCCAGAAGAAGGAGAAUGAGGGAUUCGGCUUUGUCUUGCGAGGAGCAAAAGCGGAGACACCCAUUGAAGAGUUUACACCCACACCUGCCUUUCCUGCACUGCAGUACCUUGAGUCUGUGGAUGUCGAGGGCGUGGCCUGGAGGGCGGGGCUUAGAACUGGAGACUUCCUCAUUGAGGUGAAUGGUGUAAAUGUGGUAAAAGUGGGACACAAGCAGGUGGUGUCACUCAUCCGGCAGGGCGGGAACAGCCUCCUGAUGAAGGUGGCAUCAGUCACACGCAAGCCAGAGUCUGAGGAGACAGUCAGGAAAAAAGCGCCCCCGCCUCCUAAAAGAGCACCCAGCACCACCCUCACCCUGAGGUCCAAAAGCAUGACCGCUGAGCUCGAAGAACUGGCCUCUGCAAGGAGGAGGAGAGGAGAAAGGUUAGAUGAGAUUUUGGCCUCUCAGGAGACAGUACUGAGGCCAAAGGUGGAAGCAGACUAUAGAGCCGCCACGGUGAAGCAACGUCCUACCAGUCGCCGAAUUACACCAGCAGAAAUCAGUUCUCUUUUUGAGCGACAAGGACUUGCCCUUCAUGGUGCUCUUCACCCAGCGUUGGAAAAAGCCCACAUGCAGCUGCCGAAAAGCAUGGCUCGAACAAAGUCUUUUGGAGCCACCGAAGAGGAUCGACUGUCUGCCCUGGCAGCGGAGCACAGAUUUCCACGAAGCUCCUCCAUGACGGACAGCCUGAGAGACAGCCAUAGUAUCCCUCCACCUCCUCAGAUGGCUCCCCCACCUCCUCCAUCGCUUUACUAUCUAGAUACUGGACCCCCUCCUUCAUUCUGCCCACCCCCUCCCCCUGGCCGCCUUCACGACCCCAGCCGUUCCAGUUUUAAACCAGGCUCUGAGCCGAGACUACAUGCAUUGCCUCAGACAAUGUCUGCUGAGCUGUAUGAGCCGCCUCGCCAUGCCUCCCACAUGGAGAGGCAGAAGAAAGCCCGCUCCAUGAUCAUCCUGCAGGAUUCCUCCCACCUCCCUGUGGAGCCUACUGACAUCCCCAGGCCAGGUCCUGUCUCAACUCCGCCUGAGAGAAUCAAGCGGAAAGGCAGAAUCAUAGAUAACCCCUACGCCAAUGUGGGUCAGUUCAGCGUGGGUAUGUUCACGCCAACUCCCAGCAAGCCACAACGGAGGAAGAGCCCACUUGUUAAGCAACUGCAGGUGGAAGAUGCUCAGGAAAGAGCCUCACUAGCAUUGGCAUCCAUCCAUGCGAGGGAGCACUCUCCUUCUGGGCGCCUUGCUGCCCAGCACACCAGCAGGUCUGACUUCUUUCAUCAGCAGCAGCAGCUGUUGCAUGAACGCAGUCAAGCUCAUGCUGAAGGACUGUUGCAAGGAAAAGGACCUUUUGCUGCUGCCAUUGCUGAUGCUGUGAAGGACAGAGAACGUCGUCUGGAGGAGAGGCGGAAAUCUACAGUCUUCCUAUCAGUGGGAACUAUGGAGGGCAGUUCAGCACCACCCCCCGAGGCCCCCUCGCUCACACCAUCCCGUUCUGUUGAUGAACGAAUGCUCACUCGUGAACUCGGUCAAUUGCCUCCUCCCGCCUUGGCGUUACGUCCCUCACCUGGGGGCACCACCUUCAUUCACCCACUGACAGGUAAGCCCCUGGACCCCAACUCUCCAUUGGCACUUGCGCUGGCCGCAAGAGAACGGGCAUUAACUUCCCAGAGUCAGUCCCCCUCAAGCAGCCCUGAGCCCAGAACUAAACAUGAAACUGCUGGAGGGGUACUGUAUAUGGAGACCCAGACCAAAGAGGCUGAGCGGUCAGAGGGUGAGGGUGGGUUUGCUUCACCUCCCUUUUCUCCUGCAACAAAAAGAAUUUACGAGACCUCCGUCCCCACUAGCAAGAUUCAGUGGGGAAGUCCCAUAUCUACCAGGAAAGAGUUAGAAACAAGGACAGAAAGGAAGGAGGAGAGGAAAAUUGAGGACAAAAAGAGUAUGAUCAUCAGCAUCAUGGACACGUCUCAGCAGAAAACUGCUGGGCUUAUCAUGGUUCAUGCAACGAGUAAUGGGCAGGCUGUAGGGCCCAGUCCAGAGCGCAGUGUCCCUUCCCCUAAGGGGAUAUUGUCAGAAAGCCCCAAACCCAUGUUGGCCGAAAUUAAACGUGCAAAGUCCCCUGGUCCCGAAGCUCCUUCGAUAUCCACCCCACCACCCACCGCAGCUCCAACUUCCCAGCCCCCUCCCAGCCCAUCCUCAGACAAAACCUUGGCUCAGGGUAGUUCUGAGGAGGAUGCCGAACCCUAUACAGUCACCUUGCCACCUGCCAUGCUAUCCUCCAGUGACGAGGAGACAAGAGAGGAGCUUCGUAAAAUCGGUGUGGUUCCUCCGCCGGACGAAUUUUCAAAUGGCCUUCUUGCUAAGACUCCUGAAACUGCAGUACCUCCUGCUCCCACGUUGACGCAGACAACUCCUUCUACCUUGCCCUCAGCUCCACCCGCUCCACCACCCCCUGCUCCUUCAGCAGCGGUCGCUGCAGCAGCACAGGUCCCUGCUAGCAGUGGCCUGCAAGCAGCCUCAGGGAAGCCAUCUGAGUCCCACCUGGGCCCAGAGUCUGCUGCUGACUCCGGGGUGGAAGAGGUAGACACUCGUAGCUCCAGCGAUCACCACCUGGAGACCACGAGCACCAUCUCUACUGUCUCCAGCAUGUCCACACUGUCCUCGGAAAGCGGCGAGCCAACAGACACUUACACCACCCACGCAGAUGGCCAGACGUUCAUUCUUGAUAAGCCGCCAGUGCCUCCAAAGCCAAAGCUCAAGUCCCAGCUCAGCAAGGGCCCGGUGACGUUCAGGGACCCCCUGCUCAAGCAGUCAUCUGAUAGCGAACUGCUCUCACAGCAGCAUGCGGCUGCACUGGCUGCUGCUGCGGGAGCCUCAGGCCCGGCCAGACCCCGCUACCUCUUCCAGAGACGCUCUAAGUUGUGGGGGGACACAGUAGAACCCCGUCCGCUUUCGGGGGCAGAGGAAGGCAAGCCCACUGUGAUCAGCGAGCUCAGCUCCCGGCUGCAGCAGCUGAACAAGGACACACGCUCACUUGGGGAAGAGCCACUUGGAGCUUCACUUGACCCCGGACGAAAAUCCCCCGUGGUCGGUCCAAGACUCUUCAGCAGUUUGGGAGAGCUCCAUACUAUCUCUCAGAGAGGCUACGGCACCACCUACACCAUCAGACCAGGCAGCCGCUACCCAGUAACCCGCAGGACUCCCAGUCCCGGAUCCCCGGACCGCUCAGAUCCUCUAGGACCCAUCCGGGGUUUCGGCCUGGCCACGUCACCGAUCACACCGCCCACCAUCCUUAAGUCGUCCAGCCUCAGUCUCCCUCACGAACCGAAAGAAGUGCGUUUCGUCAUGAGGAGCUCCAGUGCACGGAGUCGCUCACCCUCGCCGGCCCCUUCGCCAGGCAUGACCUCCCCGCUUCUCACCCUGCGGCCGUUCCACCAGAAACCCCUUCAUCUGUGGAACAAGUACGACGUGGGAGACUGGCUGGCCAGCAUUAACCUGGCCGAACACCGGGAUCGUUUCCAGGAGCACGAGAUCGAGGGCUCCCAUCUGCCUGCUCUGACCAAGGAGGACUACGCUGAGCUGGGUGUGACACGUGUCGGUCACCGCAUGAACAUUGAGCGCGCCCUUAAACAGCUGCUGGAGAGUUGACCACGCGCCUCCCUCUGCCUGUAGCUAGUCUCAACACGGUUUACUUUUAAAUUCCUACUUUAUUUCAUUUGGGGGGGGGGUUCUUGUGAUUUCAGAGCUUUCAAGAAACACUCUAUGUUUUUUUUUUGGAAGUGACCUGAAGUUAACAGUUGGGGUUUACCAUUUUUGAAGCCUUUUAGCUGAUCUCUGGGUCUGGCAGGAGCACUUUUAGUUUAGCUUAGCAUAGAUCAUUGAAUUGGAUUAGACCAUUACCAUCUUACUCAAUAAAAAAAACUGAAAAUUAUUUUUAAUAAGCUUAAUAUUUUAAGCUUCUCGCUCAAAAAUGACCAAAUAGUUUAAACAUUUUCCUUUUUAAAGCUUGACCUUUCUGUAGUUAAAUUGUGUAUGAAGACUGACGGAGAAUUAAAAGAUGCUAUUUAUUAGGUCAGUAAGUCUAAGAACUAAUGGCCUAAUGCUAUUUAAUCACACAUGCUAAUCAGUUUACGAGUUAUCCAGAGUUAAUAGUUGGUGUUUACCAUUUUUGAAUAUUUUAAGCCAACUCCGGGUCUGGCAGGAGCACUUUUAGCUUAGCUUAGCAUAGAUCAUUGAACUGCAUUAGACCAUUAGCAUCUCACUUAAUAAUUUUCCUCCGCUAUAGUUACAUCGUGACUGAUGGAAAAUGAAAAGAUGCUAUUUAUUAGCUCAGUAAGUCUAGAAACUAUAUCGUCAUUUGGGUGUAA